AUGUCCAAGCGACUCAACAUGCCCCAAUCGUUUGCUCACCUCUCAUUCAUCGACUCGUCAAGUGAGCCAACGACCCCGUGUGCCGUGAACACCCAACUGUCCGACGCCAACCACGUCUCGUCACACAAGUUUACUGCCUCUCACUCGCCGUCGCCCAAGGUUACCUCCUACGACCAUUCCCUCUCCUCCAUCCCACUUCCAUCCCUCUCCAUCACCGCCGCCUCAAGUUCCACACCUGUGCCAGUUCCCGUCCGGGCCCGGGCUCGAACCCCAACUCCAAGCUCAACUCCGCACUCCUUUUCCCAGCGCGACGCAGUCGAACUCCUCACAGGCCCACCACUCGCCCUCACCAUGCCUGCGCUUCACCCACUGUACGACCGGCGUGAAAUCCCCCGUCUCCUCAUCCACGCGGACAGUGACGAGUCAUACCCCGUGUCCUCGUCCCAAGCCCACACGCGACCAUCGUCUUACGCGAGCGACACGACUCGUUCCCUCAAGACGCCGUAUCUUGCAGCUUCGCCAAGCCCCAGUUCCAACACCCGUAACCCCAGCCCGGCUUCUAUUGCGUCUACCACCUCACACGUUCCCCCAGCACCGCACAACACCCCUCAACUUGGGGGGGCGGAGGCUGCCGGGGACGAGGACGAAGAGGGCAGGCGCAAGGAGAAUGGUGGCGGUGGGGACAAUGAGGAUGGCAAACCCCUGGCCAACGAAGCAUGA